GCGCCACAAAUAUGUACCACCCGGUACGUAUUGCUACAGUUUUGAGACACAAACGUCCACUGGGGUCGCUAAAGAGAAGGACUGCAUGAUAUUGUGAUCGACAAUAAGAGCAGAGGUUCCAGUCAUAUCAAAGAGGAAGAAGAGUAAAGUUUUUUUGUUUUUAGCCUAUCAAGGAACAGGAGAUUUGAAGAUCAUCUGUAAUCUCACUAUCUCUCUGCCUCCUGCAGUACAACGCAGACAGGUAUUAAAAAAUAAAUGACUGAGAGAGUCAUCUGAUCAGCUUACAGAGAAAAAUAUGGAGGAAUUACACCGUGAUCUUGAGGAAAUAAUGGCUGAUUUGGAGGAGAUGCAGAGUGAGGAAGCGGUCAAAACACCACCUAAAAAACAAAAAAGAAAAAAGAUUGAUCAUAAACUUAGGUGGAAAAAAAGAGACCAAGAAGAAUUCUUGGUCUAUGAGAAGCACAAACCAAAGAAAGACCGAUCUGGAAAACCAGUUGCCUCAACCAUUGUCUCUUCAAGUAACCCUCAAGAAGUUGAGCUCGAAACUGCAAGCACAUCUGAAGCCUCAACUUCCAAACAACAUUUUGGAGAUGUAGAUGCACAACAGAUUGUUGAUUUACAACUACAGCAACUCCAAAAUGCAAUGGAGUGUGAUGAACCCAGAUCAGCAGCAUCUCAUGAUUGGGCAUUGAGGCAAACCUUGUCCGAAGAACGCUGGGAGGAAGCAAGGCCAAAACUCCUUGAUAGUUUGCUUGCUUCAGACUGUGUGCAUUAUGGUCCUUGUGAUCACUGCAGCUUGAAACAAGCAGUCAUCAGGUGCAAGGACUAUUUCCCGAAACCCCGUUACUGUGGCCAGUGUGACGUUUCUAUGCAUCAACAUCUUGUUUUUCACAACCGAGAGACUCUUAUAGAUGGAUUCUAUAAACCUCUCCCACCAUCAACUGCUGUGCAAGACCUCAGUGACCAAAAUGUCAUAUAUGAACAAGUGUGUCUGCUGCCCAUUACACAACCAGACAAAAUUUGUGAUUGUGACCCUCAAAACCUGGCUGUUGUAGCUGGACGAUCUGUUGUGCUCAUCUGUAUAAAUGGUUGCUAUGACGUCUUCCUGCCAGUGAUGAAUUGCAGAGCUUGUCUUGCAUCAUGGACACCUGAGGUGGUUGACCUGUUGUUUAGUGGUUACUGGCCAGGCACUGGCGAGUUUCAAACCAUAUACAAGGUAGACCUCUUCACAUCGUUUGAGGACCUGAAGAUCACUGCACCUGGACUUUCAAGACAAGCAUUUGUGAAAAUGUUACAACAGCGCUCACAACAAUUUGGAAGGGUACAUGGAAAAGGCAUCUGUGGAACAUCAACAUGGGCUGCAGCCAGGGAGACCUCUAAAAAGACAAACACUAAAUGUGAUGAAGAGGGCCUAGAGGUGGCAGUUUGCAGGCACAGCAUAUUGCUUAGAGGGCUGAACAUGUUUAGGGGCGAGAUAUUUGCAUACCCUCUGUUUCUGCAGAAGGAACUGGCCACAAAAACAAACUGCAAGUUCUUCUGCACUGACAUCAUGUGUCGAUAUUGGCCCUAUCUGCAAAAGGUGGCUCAAGCAUUCCCAGAAAUGCAAAACCUUACUCAGAUGAAGCCAUUUCUCUCAGUUAUGCAUGCAAAGGGGCACUCUACAAAAUGUGAGGUGCAGUGGGGUGGCAAAAACCAAACAGGGGCAGGCACAACAAUUGGUGAAGAAGUUGAACAAGUGAACAGCUUUUUGUCCCGUGUGGCUCUAACUACAAAAUACAUGAGUAAGGCUGCACGAGUAGAUAUGAUCACAUUGCAUGCCAGAGGAUGGAAUGAGCGCAAAGAAAGAAACCUGCACAAGUACUUGUCUACACGGUACUUGAAGGUAAGUAAAAAAUAA